AUGAACUCCCAUGUUUCUCUCUAUGCUUUCUUCCCAGAGAGCAUCAGGAAGGUGCUGGACAAACAGGCCAUUAAGUUUGUGCGAGCCAUCAAGCAGGAGACCAGGAGCGGCAAAUCUGAGGACCGGAUUCUGGUUCUGGCAACGUGGAGGCUGUAUCUCUUUGCAGUCAAAGUGCCCACAAAGGUGGAGGUCACGUUCAACUUUUUGGAAAUCAGAGCAAUGAACACCUACCCAGAGCACCAGGUUGUCAUCGACACAGACAAGACUACGUACUCCCUCAGACUGCAGAGCCAGGAGCAGGUGGACCACAUGGUCCAUCACAUCAACUACGCCCUGUCCCGGGUCUUCAAUAACUCCAUCUAUGCCCCUCCUAUUUGUCGAGCAGAGGAAGACCUGCCUGAUGGGACUCACAAAUUUUCACCCAACUCUGACUCCUCAUUAGAGCCUCCAAAAACCUGUGGUGGUUUUUCUGAGACAUACGCUGCUCUUUGCGACUACAACGGGAUUGGCUGUAAAGAAGAAGUGCAAUGGGAUGUUGACACAAUCUACCACUCUCAGGACAACCGGGAGUUCAACCUGCUGGAUUUCAGCCAUCUUGACAGCAGACCAUUGGCUAGAUUCAUCUAUUCCCUUGCAUAUGAAACCUGGUUUGUAAAACGAUGUAGAAAACUAAAAACAGGAACAUGACAACAAAGUUGUCAGAUCCAUUCAGUUUAUGAUCCCAGUAUAGAAAAUUGAGUGGCUGAAAAUCCCAUUUCUCCUUCUCAUGUUUUCUCCAGGGAUUUCCCGCAGAAGAUGGCAUCAGCUCUAUCAGAGAAUCCGGCCUCCGUGAUCCACUCUCUCAAUCUGGCUCAUAACACCCUUGAUAACCAAGGAGUUGCCAACCUGAUUCAACAGAUCUGUCGCCUCAACAAGGGCUUGCGCCUCCUCAACCUCUCCAAAACCUCCCUCUCCUCCAAAGGUGUGGUGUCUCUGUCCCAGGCUCUGUGCUCAUGUGACGACUACUCCAAUUCUCUCUUACAUCUGGACUUGAGCAAAAACCCCGGGGUUCUGUCUGGAGAGGAUGCCACAAACCUGUACUUGUUUCUGGCCCAGCCCAACUGCCUGGUCCACUUAGACCUGUCUGGGACGGACUGCACCGUCGACUCGUUGUUUGGGGCGUUGCUGCGAGGCUGCUGUGCUGACCUCUCCUACCUGAACCUGUCCAAGAACUCCUUCUCUCACAGAAAAAACAAAGAAUAAAACCUCCCUCUGUUCUUGUCAUUUUUUACGUCAUUCUUUGGGACACUGCAGGUCUCGUUUGUCUUUUCCAUGUUCUCUCCCCCUCCUCAUCCUCACCAUCGUGGGUUUCCCUGCAGGGCUCUGUUCCUGGGUUUGUCCAACAACCCUCAUAUCUCUGAUUUACACCUGGACAUCAGCAGCUGUGAGCUGAGGUCAGCGGGGGCUGCCGUGAUCCAGGAGCUGUUCCCUCGCGUCUCCUGCGUGGGGACUCUGGACAUCUCUGAGAACGGUUUAGAUGCCGACUUGUUGGCCGUCAUCCCGGCGCUGUCCCGGCACCCAUCUCUGAAACACCUGAUGUUGGGGAAAAACUUCAACAUGAAGGGAAGGGUGCUGGAUGAAAUCCUGCAGAAACUGGUCUAUUUGGUGCAAGAAGAAGAGUGUAGCCUGCAGUCCCUCUCUCUGGCUGACUCGAGGCUUCGCCAGCGAGGCACCGUGCUGGUCAACGCCCUGGGAUCCAACGCCUGCCUGAGGAAGGUGGACCUGAGCGGCAACCUGCUGGAGGACUCCGGGGCCAAAAUGCUUAGCAAAGCUCUGCAGAUCAACACCACACUCAGGUCUGUGCCCGUCAACUUUACCCUGCAGUACAUGCCCCUGCCCCUUUGUGACAUCACUCAGGCAUAUCGCAGCGCACCAGAGAAGACUGAGCAAGCCUUGGCCAAGAUCCAGCGUGCGCUGCUGAGGAACAACCAGACUCAGCGUUUCUCUCAGAAACAGGCUCUCAGGCUCCACCAGGGCCUUGUCACCAGCACAGCUGAACAGGUGAUGGAGCGUCUGUGUGUGCGGGUGCAGCAGCAGGUCUGCGUCCUGAAAGGUUCUGAGGACGUAGAGGAGGUCCAGACAGCCAGACAGAUCCUCAAAGAGGCCAGGAACUCCAGAGCUCUUUACCCCUCUCUGUGCGAGCUGGCCCAUGUGUUGUCCGUGGAUGGUCCCGUCAGACAGCGCCUGGACACCCUGGCAGGAGAGCUGGCCAAGGCUGCUGACAAAGAGCUGCAGGUGGUGGUGGACUCCAUGGUGUCUCUCUGUCGUGAGUUGUGUCCCAUGUCCUGCUCAGCUGCAGAGAGACUCAGCCCACCUCUGUCAUCCAUCUCAGAGCAGGUCUCCAUCCCUCGCUCCACCAUCCACAGUGCCCUGAUGGAGAGAGCAGCUGAAGAUAUCAACAGAGCGCUUGAGGAGGUGAAGCUGUCCGUGGUGUCCUAUCUGACUAACUCAAUCGUGGAUCAGAUUCUCCAGGAGCUCUACAACACUCAUAAAACCCUGCUGCGGCAAGUGUCUCAGGCGAAGAGAUGGGAUGAUGUGGGAACAGGCAGACGCACCAUCAGACAUUCCAGACUAGUUGAGUCUCUGGACUUCCCUGAUGAGGAUUUUGGUGUCAACCUUGGAAUAGACACAAUGGCCAUCAAGAAGCGGAGCUCCAGAACCCGUAGAAUCCGUCCGGUCUCCACCAGAAUGAGUUUGGGUGAUGAGCCCAGUCCCUCUCCAACGCCCUCCGCCCCCUCCCACUCCACCUCCCUCAGCCACUCGGCAUCAUGGGAAUGUCUGUCCACACUGCCAACCAAUGGCUCGCCCUUGCGUCACGUGACCCACGUCAGGCCCCGCCCACCACGGCGUCACAGAGCCGUUCACCUUCCUCCUGAGUCUCACUACUCUGAGAACGGAGGAGUCAGCAUGCUGGAGGACGGACUGCCUGAUUUCUACAGCAAGAGAGUUUUACCUGACAGUCAGCUGUCGUCCCUCCAUCAAGCCCAGUCAUUGAGGAGGAAGAAGCGACGGAGCGUGUUGUCCAUUUUCUCCGGCUUUCGCAAGAACCGCAACUCCACCUACUCUGUUCAGGACUCAGACAGCGCUUCAGAGAACGUCUACUCCAUGAUUCAGCACCCGAGGGACACUGUGAGACCGGACAGCACGGUCCCCGGGGUGAAUGGGACUACGUCUUCACCUCGGCCGGCUCAGGGAGCCCCUGUUCUUGGGAUAAGGGCUGCCAGCCCCCCCUGCGUGAUCCAAAGACAGUCCACAGAUCUGGUCAGCAUGGUCUACAGCUGUAUCGGGGCAGACAUCGAUGAUUCUGACAGCAGCAGCACCUGUGACAUCAAAGAGUCGGAGCACGGCGCUGACGGAUCAAACGCCACCUCAACCGCCCCACCAGAUACUCAGAGUAACGGCCAUGUGGUGUCCUCCAAACAACAGACAGACAGACAGAUGGAGACGGGCCGGCAGGAAAGGAUUGUUCCUCUGACGGACUCAUGGGUGGAGACAGCAGAGGAUGCUCAGAGCUCCAGUGUUGGCAGUGGGGGCACCCGUGGGUCCAGACCAGAGCCCCCUCUGCAGAGCACCAGGCCCAGUCUGGCUGUGAUGAGACAGAGACCCCCUCAGGACAGUCUAGAAAUGGCAGGAAAUCUGGAGGGAGAAGACCAAAGUGAAAUGCAAGAAGAGAAGAACAGAGGCCGAGGACCAGAGGGACAGCGUCCUCUCAUUCCCAAAAAGGUCUGUUUGCUGUUUGGACUAAGGAGUAAGAAAAACAUUUAG